UGGCUUUGGACAACAUUCGUGUGUGAACAGUGAAAAAGAAAAGGAAUCUAUUAACAUGUCUGGUCGUGGUAAAGGUGGCAAAGUGAAGGGAAAGGCAAAGUCUCGGUCGAACCGUGCUGGUCUUCAGUUCCCUGUUGGUCGUAUUCAUCGUCUACUUCGCAAGGGCAACUAUGCCGAGCGUGUCGGUGCCGGCGCUCCCGUUUACCUGGCUGCCGUGAUGGAAUACUUGGCCGCUGAAGUUCUCGAGUUGGCUGGCAAUGCUGCCCGUGAUAACAAGAAGACGAGAAUUAUCCCUCGCCAUCUGCAGCUGGCCAUCCGCAACGAUGAGGAGUUGAACAAACUGCUCUCAGGCGUCACCAUUGCUCAGGGUGGUGUGUUGCCCAACAUCCAGGCCGUUCUGCUGCCCAAGAAGACCGAGAAGAAGGCAUAAAUGUUCCAAUAGCAAAAACAAUUUACAUUCUUGUACAAUAUAUAAACCAAAACGUCCUUUUCAGGA